AUGCCCAUCGUGAAUAUACUGAAACGCGCGUCCAGCUACAUCCUUGGCAGCGAUGACGACGCGGAAGACGGUUCCACCGAGGUGUUGUACGAGGACAACGAGAUACUUUUCUGCAAGAACAACAUUUGCGUUCACCCGCCGGCCGUGGUGCGCCAGGAGUCGGACAUACUCCACUAUCCGGGGUAUCUGACCGUCACGACCAAGACCUUCAUCGAUCAGUACAACAACGCGAAACGGCCGACGCUGUUCCUUACGUGGAUUCCGAACUCGACGCUCCGCAAGUGCCCGUCGACGGUGGAAAAUGUUGUCCUGAAUCGCGGCGCCAUCGGGUUGAGCGAGAGCAAACUAAAGCUACAUCUGCAGCAACAUCAACAGCAGCAGCAGCUUCUGCUGUUGCAUCCUUCGCCAAAGGAUAACGGGCACGUGCAGGGUCAGCAGAAAGGCAUCCCGUGCGAAAAAGGGAUCGCUCCGGUUGGGGAAAACCCAUUCACGACGACGAUAAAGAUCGCCAACACGAAUCCGUUCCUGGAACCGUACAACGAAACGAUCGCUCAGUCCGCGACGAGCGAUAGUAAGUCGAUCAACUGCUCCGACUACUCGGAGACGAUCAGCAUCAGCUCGAACUCGGACAAGGCCAGCUUGUGCAACAGCAAUGACUACGAUGGCCGCGACGAGGAGGUCCCGGUGGAACCCGAGGAGGAAGGUGAAGACGACGUGGACGAAGGGUGUGUCAUUUCCUCGGAAGCGCACCAUUCAGUAGGCGGUUCGGACGAGCUCGAGGGUGACGAUCCGGAGCUUAAAACGGAGCUCCAACCGCUACUCGACGAUGGCACUAAGAUCCCUUCGAUGGCGGUCGGAAAAAUACAUCACCACCAUCACAAGCUGCCAUCGCAGUCGUCCGUGACGUCGGUCAACAUCACGAUCGCAAGCCCGCACAUCCAGAACGUGGACAUUUCCCCGCCGGAAGCGACACUCCCGGCAACGGAACGCUUUCUCCGGUCGCUUUCCAUCACAUCCAGCGAUGAGAACAACCCAAACUGGAUGUCACCGGAACUGCUGGCGUACAAGCACAAUCUGGCGUUUCCGGAAAGCGCAUCAGCGUCCCCGAUCGUGAGCCGGAAGGCUCCACUUAAGUGUCGCAGGUUUUCGGUUGAUCUGAGCCAGAUGCGCGCCUUGAGGCUGUUCUUCAACGAUGAACAGUGCACUUCCGGUCAGCUUGUGAUUGCGUCGCGCGAAUCGCAGUACAAGAUCCUGCACUUCCACCACGGUGGAUUGGAUCAUUUGGCGCAGGUUUUGCACCAGUGGCACUGUCUGCUGCACAACAUCAAGCUUGCGCCAGGGCAGGACGAACCGGCGAACAUGCCGUACCGGCAGUUUAUGGUCUGCCGACCGGAAGUGCGACCGGCUGAGCUCCACCCGGAGGAGGGAAAAGUGUCGAAGAUCACCACGGAUUACUUCUACGGCACGCUGUUGAACGAGCGGGGCCAGAUCGAGGACGAUUUGCAGUUGCGCAAGUGCGUGUUCUUCGGAGGGCUCGAUCGAAGUCUGCGUAAGACGGUGUGGCCGUUCCUGCUGCAUUGCUACAGUACCGGAUCGACGUUCGAGGAUCGGGCCGCACUGACGGAGAUACGGCGGCAGGAAUAUGAGGAGAUCACUCGGCGUCGUCUCUACUCGAUGUCACCGGAAGCGCAGGCUCAGUUCUGGCGUACCGUUCAGUGCGUGAUCGAGAAGGAUGUGGUCAGGACGGAUCGUGGCAAUCCGUUCUUUGCGGGUGAUGAUAACCCGAACAUCGAUACGAUGAAAAACAUUCUGCUAAACUACGCGUUCUACAAUCCGGGCAUGUCCUACACCCAAGGUAUGAGUGAUCUCCUGGCACCGGUGCUGUGUGAGAUCAAGAGCGAAUCGGACACGUUCUGGUGCUUCGUGGGUCUAAUGCAAAGGGCGAUCUUUGUCUGCACACCAACCGACAACGACAUCGAUCGCAACUUGUGCUACUUGAGGGAAUUGAUUCGGCUUAUGGUUCCUACCUUUUUCAAACACCUGCAGAAGCACGCCGAUGCGAUGGAAUUGCUGUUUUGUCAUCGUUGGAUUUUGCUGUGUUUUAAGCGCGAAUUUACCGAAGCCGUUGCCAUACGCAUGUGGGAGGCUUGCUGGUCCAACUAUCUGACCGACUAUUUCCAUCUGUUUCUCUGUCUGGCCAUUAUCGCGGUGUAUGCGGACGACGUUAUUGCUCAAGAUUUGCGUACGGACGAAAUGCUGCUGCAUUUCAGCUCCCUGGCGAUGUACAUGGACGGGCAGCUGAUUUUGCGCAAAGCCCGAGGACUUUUGCACCAGUUCCGGCAGUACCCAAAGAUACCGUGCACUUUGUCGGGGCUGUGUAAACGAUGUGGUCCUGGCAUGUGGGACUCUGGCCACCAUCCGUCGAUCGAGUGCAUUGGCCAUCUGGACCACGAGACCUGUGCACUGGCCAUGGAUUAA